AUGGCUAUCGAUAUUCUAUCCAUUGCACCUAUGUCUACCGAGACAGAGCGACUCUUCUCCAAGGCCAAACUGACAGUAACUGACCAGCGAGGAUCCAUGAACUCUGAAACACUGAAUCUCUUCGAAUGCCUACGGUCCCGGGACAAGAGUGCACUGAUAAUCCCCUCAGCACGUUCCUAUAUCGAUUCGACAGUAACGGAUCUCGCCUUCGAAGCUUAG